AUGCAUGCCUUCCGCUGCCCUGACUGCGGCAACGUGGUGGCUGACCGCGACGACGUCGUGUCCAAGACGUUCUUUGGUCGCACUGGGAAGGCGUUCCUCAUGAACAACAUGUAUAACGUCCGAGUUGGCCCAGCGAGGAACCGCUAUCUCAUGACAGGGAUGCACCUGAUCGCGGACGUGCAGUGCCAAUGCGGCUUCGUGUUGGGCUGGAAAUAUAUCAAAGCGAUGGAGAGCUCCCAAAAGUACAAGGAAGGUAAGUUCAUCAUGGAGCACGCAGUCGUCCAAGACGAC